AAGGAAACUCGCGAAGGUAUCUAAGUUGGCUCAGCCUCAGAUAUCGCAAACCAAAGCUAUCUGAAAGGGAUUUUGACGGCAGUUACAAGAUUCUUUCAUACUAUCAGUAUUAAAAAUGGCGAUGCAGGUGGAAGGGCCGUUCGACUAUACAGCAACGGGCACUUUGGGUGACCAGAGAAAUUCUAUGCUUCAAAAUGAACUUCACCUUCGGGUAGGAAAUGUGGCGGCGGAAGUAGAAAAUUACGUGCAGAUUCGAGUCAACUUAGCCCUUAAGUCUUGAUUAUUUAAAUUAUACGCAUAAAAGAUUUUGUAAAUAUAAUUCUCCUUGUUGGAAAUUUUGUGUAUGUCAUUUCAUAUUUAUUCUAGUUUAUUCAAAUAUUUCUUUGGUUUGGUCUUGGAGCUCGCUAGUGGAGAGUUAAUUACUGAUUAUGAUGAUAAUGAGUAUGAGUUAAGAGUUCUCAGUACUGCAAGUGUGACUUUCAAUGAUUGUUUAAAGAGAAAUAUAAAGUGAAGGGUAUGGAAACAAUUAAGAGAAGAACAAAAGACACAAGAAACCCUUUUCUACCCCCUUCAGUAAAGGGGAAGGCCAUCCAAAAAUUUGAGUCAGUGGCACAAAUUGAAGUUGUGUGGCAUAUGGAUUUUGAAAAAAAAAAAAAAGAACAAUUUGAAAAAUUUAGACAAUCCGUACCUUGGCUGCCAUCCUGCUUGCCACUACCCGUAAUAGGUCACCCUAACUAAACCUAACCCUAGCCUGAACCCUAAACCCAUUUAGUUAAAUAAACACUUAAAAUGAUGUCAUGACGCACAUUUUCUGCUUUAGCCAAAAAGGUAAAUACCUUUUUACAAAAUAGUGGCAUUAAUUUUGCAGUCUUUAAGUACUACUAUACUACGACUUCUAUGCUUACCUUUCAUCUUCAAAACACAUCAAUACAUUGUAACAAUAAAAGAAUUCAUUUUCUUUAAUGAACUUUUACAUAGCGCCUAUAAUUCUAUAUUUUCAUUAUAAAGUUUCCAAUCAAACCAUUUGCUUACAGGUGAUACGAAAGCCUAAUUUAUGACCAUUUUAAUUUAACAAAUAUUAUUAAUUUAUAUUAAUUUACAUAUGUUAAAAUGUUGUUUCUCUUUAGAAUAAAGUAGGCCAUAUAAAAUCCAGAGGAUUUCAUCUCCCAGAGAAAGGGUUCACAUAUGGCUUACCAAAUGACAGAAGAAUCUACACGGCAGCAGAUGGUGAGUAAAUAUCUGUGUUAAGUCUUAAUUUUUUUACCUGAUCAUUUUCUGAAUUCAUUCCAUCUUUCCCUUUUCAGUAAUUUCUUUUCUCUUAUGGAAAAUAUGUAUUUAACACAAUUCAGGCCUCAGGUUUUCUGUGAUUUUGUAUUCAAGUUGUUUUCUUGUAAAUUAAAUCUGGAAGCUUUAAAGCCUGCCUGCAAGCGGAGAAAGUUGGAUCAUACUUUUUCUAGCAGAGUUCUAAUAUUUCAAUAAAAUCUUUACCAUUACUUUUUUCCCCAGUGGUUAUUUUUUUUUUUUAGCUUUAAAUCUUGUUUUUAAAUAUGGCAUUGGACUCACACAUUGUGUAAAAUAAGUGGUCAUAAAAAGUUGAAUAGAGUCCUAAAUCCCACCCUAAACUGGCAGUGAAUGUGUGGCCUUUAGGCCGUCUUGCUUGUGAACUGACACAGUUUAUCCUUGUAUCCUUCUUGUGCUGUCCUAGCAGCCUGGAAACUCUCUCAUAAUAGUCUGAAUUCUGAUCCAGCUCUUCGUGGAUGGACGGGCACAUACCUGCCCAAAGGUGGUGCAACCAAAGUGAAAGCAGCAUCUGAAAGAGACUUUUUGACCAUGAACAAGAUGGCAAUCACAAAUGGUCUUGUCCGCACAGAAGAACAGGCAGACUAUCGGGCUGUUCAUGACAUCCGUAGGCUUCCAUUCAACAAAAAGGAAAUGGCUGGGAAAAUGAGGACAAGAAGACUGCCACCAACAAUGGUUUUUGGUAUACCCAGUAGGUCAGUGCUUAUUACCCAGUAGGUCAGUGUUUAUUACCCAGCAAGUUAAUAUUCAUUGGUAUACCCAGUAGGUGAUUGUUUAUUGGUAUAGGUAAACACUGACCUAUUGGUGUACCCAGUAGGUCAGUGUUUAUUACCCAGCAAGUUAAUAUUCAUUGGUAUACCCCAGCAUGUCAUUGUUUAUUGGUAUACCCAGUAGGUAAUUGUUUAUUACCCAGUAAGUUUAUUUUUAUUUGCAUACCCAGUAGGUCAGUGUUCAUUACCCAGAAGGUCAGUGUUUAUUGGCAUACCCAGUAGAUCAGUGUUUAUUACCCAGUAAGUUUAUACUUAUUGGGAUACCCAGUGGGUCAGUGUUCAUUAACCACUAGGUCAGUGUUUUUUGGUAUACCCAGUAGGUCAAUGUUGUGUAGUAUACACAGCGGGUCAGUGGUCAUUGCUCAGCAAAGUAAACAAAAGUCUAUGAAAAUCAUAUAAGAAGCAACUGCUUUAAUUUAAUGAUAAUGGAUUAAUCAUUUAGCAAAAGAGUGAGUCAUGUGUAUGCUGUGAGAGGGAGACUGUCCACACAGAUAGGGAGACUGUCCACACAGAUAGGGAGACUACCCACAAAAAUAGGGAGACUGUCCACAUAGGGAGACUGUCCACACAGUUAGGGAGACUGUCCAUAAAAUUUGUUAUUGUUGCUAUGCCAUAUGGAAUUUUUGUUGUUAUAAAACUAAAAUCUAAAAUUGCCUGAGAGCACAUUUCUUUGUUUCUUCAUUUUUAAAUCGGUGAUUCACAUACAAAUUUAUACCUUAGCCAUACAUCAUGCUUCCAUAAUAUAUGAUAGUAUUUUUUUUUAAUUGUAUGUAUCAUAUCAGGUUACAAUUGUUUGCUAUGAAAAGCUACGACUAUGUCUUUAAUAACACAGGCCAUCCACACCCAUCUAUGAUCUGAUGGAACACAAGUACCAAGACAAAUGGCUCAAAGAGAGGCAAAACACACUCAGUGCCAAGAGGCAAGCCGACACCAAGGUAGAUAACUCAUCUUUCUUUCAAGAGUUGUCAUGUUGCUGUGAAUUUCUGAUUCAGUCUAUCUCAAUUCUUGUUUAUAGCGCGUGUGUGUUUGUUGGUUCAUUUUUUUAACAUUCUAUUUUAAUGUUUGCUAUUGGCUUGAAAUAGCCAGUAACAUCCCUUUCAUUACUAGACCUUGUACACGUAAUUCAAUUUUUUUUACAAAAUUGAGGUUAAGAAAUUAUAAGAAACACAGACAGAUAAACAGGUUGUGUAAUACAGAUAGAUAAACAGAUGGUGAUAAUACAGAUAGAUAAACAGAUUGUGAUAAUACAGAUAGAUAAACAGAUUGUGAUAAUACAGAUAGAUAAACAGAUUGUGAGAACCAAAAAUGACAUAUGUCAUGAAAGCUUUUUAUCUAUAUAUUUUUUUAAAUCUAAGAUUUCAAUUUAAUAACAUGCAUUUCACAGAUUUAUUAUAAAAAAAGGCUGAGUAUUAAGAAAUAAGUUUUAAAUUAUAAUUGGGUUCUUGCAUCAAUCUAUUUAUAAUAAUAUGUGCCUUUUCAUUGUGAAUAUGAACAAACCAUUCCUAGAUUUGAUCCAACAUUCUCUCAAAGAACCAGAUAUAGGUUAUAUCCAACAUCCUUCCAAUGAACCAAACAGAGAUAAUAUCCAACAUUCCCUCAAUUAACUAGACACAGAUUAUAUCCAACAUUCUUCAAAUGAAACAAACAGAGAUUAUAUCCAACAUUCUUCAAAUGAAACAAACAGAGAUUAUAUCCAACAUUCCCUCAAUUAACUAGACAAAGAUUAUAUCCAACAUUCUUCAAAUGAAACAAACAGAGAUUAUAUCCAGCGUUCUCCCAAACGAACCAGACAUAAACUUGAUCCCAACAUUCAUUCUGAGUUGAUGCACCAUUAUUUUAUUUCUUUGUUACAGAAGAGAGCUAUGUCAGCUCCUGUAGUAAGUUAUUUUCAUUGAUUAUUUUUAUACUGUUAUUUUGGUACUAGUUCCAUUUCAUCAUUUUUUUUUAAAAUGGCUAUUACAUAUUCUCUUCUAUUUUGUAGAUCAGUUUUUUUUAACUCUUUUCUCCCAAUUUGAUUUUAUUAUUUUCAUUAAUUUCUUAUAGUUUUGAUGAAUAAUGGGAAGAAAGUGCUUUUUAUUAAUCUAUAAAUAUACAGCAUAAAUAUUUCCCUUAAUCUUUAAGCCUGUAAUCCUGUAAUGUCUUGAUAUGUGUUGUGUCAUAUCCAGACUGUUGCUUGACUUUUAGAGCCCACUUCCACUUCAGUGCUAUUUAAAAUAAUUUCCAGUAAUUUUUUCUUUACGUAUAACUUUGGGUCCUUUAGAUAUCCAAGGCUCCCUGCAUAUGCAGGGAUUGUACGGCCCACGUGGUGGCUGUGGUAUUAUUGAUGUAGCAUCGAGCCAUGUGUAGUGUCAAUGUUAUUUUUGUGACGUUAAAUUGACAAAUGAAACCUCACUUAUGUGUAUUCUCUCAGCCACCACUUCAACAUUCCUGUCAACUAAUCUUUAAGGAAAGAAAUAAAAGCAUUGGGAUGAAGAUGAAGUAGACUAUUUAUUAUUGCCAAGUGCCAUUUUUAUGACAAGUAUCCCCUUUUUUAUAGCCAUUUUUAGUGUCAGUGGUGUUGUUGUAGAUAGAAUCUAUUACGAAAUCCCUUAUUGUUUAAUGCUAUUGAUAAGCUACAUUAUAUAGACAAUCUACAUAAAUGUCACUAAUGCUCUGAUCAACAAUUUUUCUGACACCACCUUGUUUGAUGUGCCCAAGGAAACACAAUAUAUAAGAAACUAAAAUAAUUACAGAUAAUUUAUUAUUUAAAUGUAAUGUGAAAUGUGCAACAUAAUUCUUCAAUAAAUACCAGCUCAAUGAAUGUGUGUACAAUCAGGCUGAAUUAUAACACAAGCAAACGCUACACCUAGUUAAUAGUGGAUUCCUGGAUGCCUGUUAUGUCUUCUCUACCUCUUGGUCUGUUUUAAUGUGACCCUAUUGUGUGUGCUUGUGACUUCUUUUUUUUAUGGCCUGUGGUCACAAAUUGUUGGCAUCUUUCUACUGUAAACACAGCUACACACUUGUAAGGAAAUAUCUUGACCAACAUUAGAAAAUGUGAGUCUUCCUGAAGUAAAUUAGAAAUGGCCUACACUACAUAAUACUAUACAAAACCCUACCAUCUACUUACCGUCGCUCUCCCAGUUUAUCACUAAAUAAGUCUACUAUGUACAUCUAUCAGUCACCUCUUACUCACAUAAUCUCCCUUACAGCUUCUACAUUCUAACAUUGUAUAUCCACUCAGAGGUGUAGCGAGGUGGGGGCAGGGGGGGGACAGAUGUCCCCGGGUGCAAGCUAGUUAGGGGCGCCAAAAUGUGCUUUGAUAUUAUAUGACUGGUAAAACUUAUGGGUUUGAGAGUUGGAUAAAAGAAAAGGGGGCGCUUUAAGAUGGAUCUUGUCCCCGGGCGCGAAUCUUGUCCCCGGGCGCCAAACACCCUCGCUACGCCUCUGUAUCCACUCAUCUCAAUGUGGAAUUGUGUGGCAUGAAGUGAUGCGAAGCUAUAGGUCUAAAUCUACAGACAUGAAGAAAGUUUCAUACAAGCUCUGCAGGACAGUGAUCAUUGAAGGAACUGAAUUUUGUCUGGGUUAUAUACCAGAGUGUCCCCUGAAUGUCUUCCCACUAUGACACCUCCCAAUCGCCAAUGUCCCCAUGGAUUGUAAUUAAAGUCCGCCAUCUUUCCAUAACAAGUGCUGCCCCCCCUCCCCCCACAAGUCAAAGAUCAACCAUACGUGACUCUGUGAAGGCUGUGACCCAUCUACACUCCUACCCCCAUACCAUGUGAUCAUUGACUUUUCAUAGCCACUCUCCCACGACAGAUAGACCUGGUUUUAAGUAUUGGACCAUGCUGUUAAAGACCAUCCUGUGACAUCUGGUUAUGACUCAUGUUGGUAAUGUCAUGUGUUAAAAUCCCCAGACUGGUCAAAUUUGAAGAGGACUACAUGAAUAUAUGAACUGUCAGCACAUGACUAUAUUACAAUUUCAACAUAUAAUUAGUAGACCACAAUAUUCCUAAGAAUAUAUUGGCUUGGAUUUUUUUUUUUUAAUUCAAUUUUCAGAGGUCUUGUUUAUUACUAAGAAAUCUUUGAACCAGUUUUUCUCUACUAAAUUGGACUACUAACAAUUUAUACAAGCAUUUUUAAGGCAUUAUUUAUUUUCUUUAAGAAUUAGCUUACUUAUAGUAUUUAUUAAUUUUGGAUCUAAUUCUUUGGAAAAUUAUUGCAAACCAAUUGCAUUAUGAUAUACAUCAAUGACAUAUCUCUACUUUCAGGGACCUCGUAGCCAUGGUAUUGUGUAUGAGACAAGGGCAACAGUCUUGAGAACCUACCAAAACCCAGUUGAGCCCCCCCCACUCUGGCAGUUGCCGAGGUUUACUAAGUCGGUGAGAACCUCUCCAUAAUAAUAGAAUAUAAUUGUUAUGUGCAAGAUUCAACUUCUUUAACUUAAUUGUUUAUACUACAUGUACACAGGGCUGUGACAAGCAUGAAUAAAGAAGCCCAUCUCAAAAAUAUAUAUAGGCUACUGAUAUACAUAUUUUGCGGGAAAACGUACAAUUUCAGUGCUCUCUGGAGUUUGAUGCCCUGGUGGAUUUUCCCCCUUCGUCUUCCCCCACCCACUUUUUUUUUGCAAAUAAAAUAUGUAUGAUUAAUAAUUUUGUUCUCUCAGUGAAACAAUCUUAAAUUUUUAACAAUAAUUCUCCCCCAGGCUCGGCCCCAGGUUCAGAGUUUUCGAACAGAUCCAGAGAAGUCUUUGGCGUUUAGGUACCAAGAAACAGAUAAAAUUGAUCGCCAAGGAGAUUUCGGAACAGGAAUUUAUGAGCUUCCAAAGAACUGAAAAAACUGGUUUGAAUGUUUGAUUUGAAUGUCAAUAAUUUUUUUGAUUUUUAAAUUUAUGUUGAUGAAAUCAUUGGCUGUUCUUUGUAUUUGUUGAUAAGCAAUGAAAUAUUUGUAAAACAAAUCUGUGAUAGUUGUUGCCUUUCGCUUCUUUUUUCCCAAGAAAUUUGAUGAUCUGAACAAAAUUUGGCUUUCUUUUUAAGUUUAACUAUUUAAAAAUGAUUUUUAUUUAUUCUCGGAUCAAUUUUUUAAAGAAUUAUAAAAAAAUAUUUUGAAAAAUAAAUAGACUGGAGAACAUGCUUGGAUAUAAACUUCGGAGAUUGUCGUGUAUGGGCAAUGUUGAUGGAUGCCCAUCAUGGCACAAAAAUUAACUUCAGCAUUGUCUUUCUAUGCACGUUUUCUGUACAACAUUGUUAUCUUUACACUACAUCUAUAAAUGUUAUUAUUUUUUCGGUCAGCAUAUUUUUAAAUGCAAUUUUUAUAGUUAUCUGUAGAUGUGUUACUUACAUGUUGUUUACAUCAAGUUAAAAAAAUGAAGAAACCAUCUGACUGGUGUGAAAUAAAACAGUUCUAAUUUGUGAGAGAAAGAAACAUUGAGCUCUCCUUUAUUAAACAUCUUUUAAAAAAAUGGGUAAUUUGGCUUUGUAUGUUGCUGUGAUAAAUUUGGCUUUAAUUAACAUUAAAAAACUUGAAAUCCUGUUGAUAUUUAAUGUUAAAUAUCUCUGGGCUUAAAACGAUCACCUUUUAAUCACAUUUAACAUUAUUAUUUAUUUUGUUUAAAAUAAAUGGAUGUUUUUAAAUCUCAACCUUCACUUGAAGAUCUUUAUGAUAAAACAAAUGUAAAUAGCUUAUCAAGAGCAAUUUACAGGAGACUAAAAAUAUUUUUAGCAAAAGUGUGAACUGAGCUUUAGGGUCAAUCGGGUCAAAGUUCACAAAAUUCUAUUAAUGUAAAAUACAAGAAAUAGGAACUUAAUAGCAAAAACAUUUUUUAAAAGAAACUAAUUUUGCCUUCAUUUUCAAAAAUGUAUAAUUAUUUUCAAGGACUCCGACAGCCUCAUGAAACAUAUUUUAUUUAAUUCGCUAGAAAAUCUCAAGGCCAAGCCAUAUAACUGUAUAUCUAGUCUAGACACAAUCUUUACUCAGUCUAUAUAAUUGGCAACCAUCUUUUUUUUCAAAUUUUUAAUGUUCCAUUUUAGUGAAUAUUUUCAUAUUAAAUUUUUUCUUGUUGUAAUUUGUGUGCUACUUGUAUAUUUUGAAAAGUAACAGAGAUUGAUUUUUUUGUGCAUUUGAAUAUAUUUUCAUAAACUGCUUGAUAUUUUAAAUGAAAGACAUUUGUAAGAAAGGGAGAGAAUCAAAGUAGUUGCAUGUUGGAGAGUGGCUUUUUAAAAAUAAAUAUCAAAUUGUUUUGUUUCUUUUAAUAAAACUGAAAACAGUGAAUGUUCCUUUAGCAUGAAUGAUAAUUUUUGUUUCAAACAGCUUAGAUAAAGCAGAUGUAAAAAAAAAUGCAUGCACCUAUUUAGGGAUAAUGGAACAAAUGAAAUUUAAAAAAUUUAAUCUAUUUGUAUCACGAUUUGAGACUUAUUCGAGACUGUCUAUUGUGAGGGUGUGUGUGGGUGCAAAAGAAACAAAUCUUGUUGUUGUUAUUGAUUGUGUCAUCUGAUGUGAUAACGUAUGACUUGCUAAUUUGCUUUAUGUUGUUCUAAACAUAACCAUCUCACCUCAUAACUCAGCGUAUGAAGAAAGGUUAUUUUUAGAUGUCUGGGAUUAUUGGCCUGUAUUUCAGUUGUCAUGGCGACUGAUUCCAUGUUUGAUUUUAUUAAUGCAAUUGAUGUUUUGAUUAGUUUAUGUUACAGUAUCUGAAAACACACUCUAAUUUUAUGCAAUGCUCAGUAUUAUACUAGAUAUUGUUUUUGCCCAAGGGUUCUUAACCAAGUCGAUCCAUGGAUACAUUUUACUUUUAGAAAAGGAAUGGUUUGGGGUAGGGUGGAGAGGUUAAUAGAGCCUUCUUGACUCAGGCCGUAAUUACGUCUAGCGUGUGUGGAGUCACUCUAAAUGGGAUGUUGAUAUGGACACAAAAAAGGGCUAAGAACCACUGGUACCAACAAUUUAAUGUGGCAAGAGAAAACAAAAGCACGCCUUGACAUGAGCACAUGUGUAGUGUGUUCUUGGACAGCAUUCAACAAUCAGCAUUAGUGAUUGGAAUUCCUGUUUGGUGGAUCACUGAAUAUAUCACUUCACCAAAUGUAACCAGCAUUAAGUUCAGUGUUGUGUGUGACCCAUUCAUAAUCAUUGUAGCCUGACUCUUUGGUGUUUUAGACAUAGCUCAUGUAGUAAUGAGAUGGAAUUUAUUUUUGUCAGCAGGGUUCUCAAAAUUGCUAGAUCAGGAGCUACCAUCCAAAUUGAUGACAUGCUUAUAAGUCUAUGACUAAAUAUGGGUGGGAGUGAGCCUCAUCAAAUAAAAUGAUACGCUUUACAAAUGAACAAACAGGUCAUUAUUCAGGGUAAUGUCUAGUGAUAAGACUAUUUCAGCACAGAUGGCUGUGAAAAAUUUGUAUUUAUUUUUUUUUAAAUUAAAUAUAUUUUAAUUGUAAUCUUGCAAUAAAAUGUAGAAUUGGAAAAUAUUAAUUAAAAAAAAAAAAAAAUUGGCCUCAAGCUUGAGUCGCACAAUUGCCAUGCCAAACUUUGUUUAGACUGUUUUUUAAAAACAAUUGUUAGUUGAGAUUUAACAAUUAUUUUAUCUAUACCAUUUUGAUGUAGAGGCAAACUUCGUGUAGAAGUUACUAUUUAUUGGCCCUUUGUAAAUAUAACUUUUACAUUUAGUAUAAAGUAUGUGCCUUUUAUGGCUAUCUCUAUGUCCCUACUCUACACAAAGUUUCACUAACGUGUUUACAUUUAUUUUUGUAUGCACUAAAUGUCUCUUUACAUGUCUAUGCACUAAAUGUCUGUUAUGAAUAUAUUAUGUGUAUGCACUAAAUGUCCAUUUACAUUCGUGUUUGCACUAAAUGUCCAUUUACAUUUGUGUAUGCACUAAAUGUCUGUUUAAAUAUGUGUAUGCACUGAAUGUCUGUUUACGUAUGUAUAUGCCAGACCUGUUUACCCUAAAACCCUUAAAAUCAUACCAGAUCACAAAAUCAUUAAAUACAUUAUCUUAAUGGUAAAAAAAAUUAACAUACAGUAUAUAUAAUGUAUACACCUCAAAAUCGCACAUUGUACGCCAAAAUCAUAAGAGUAAACAGGUCUGGUAUGCUGUACAUCCACCACAGACUGCUAAAAAGGAGCAUUGGCGUUAAGAUUCUUCAAAGCUCUACGUACAAUGAUAACCAUCUCCUGAAAUGUUAUUUUUAAAAUGAGCAAAUGACAGGAAGAUUUUGGUUGGAGAGUUUGUGUAACUGUCACAAUUACAGUUUGAAAAUAAAGGAAUUUAAAUAGUAUUAAUAUUAGUUGUAUAUUUUUUUUAUUCUUAAGUGUCAUGAUGGCUGCUUUUUUUAAUGUAUUUGUCUAAUCUCUGAUUUUUAAGUUUUGAUGUGUAGCAGAACUAUGAAGUAUGAAGUCAUUGGUUGGCUAAACAUU